AUGGACAGCUACAGUGCUUCUGAAGACCCGGGGCCGACGUUCUGCAUCGGUCACUAUGAGGCUAAUCGCUCAGUGACUGUGACCCCUCAGAUGAUCCGGAGGGUCCAUGAAACCAACUAUGAUAUGUUAACGGUCUCAAUCACCACGCCGCAUUUCCAUUCGCGGGUCCUGGGGCUGUUGUCUUCGUAUUUGUCCAACUUGCAGCCGCCCAAAUAUGAUCCUAUUGGAACUAUGGCGACAUCGCAGAACACACGGCCUUUGGUAGUGCCGCCACUGUCGAAGCUGGACUCUACUCUCAUCCCCAAUGAUGCUACUAGCCAGAUUGUCGGUGUGACCAGCAGCUGGAUUGAUAUGUGUUCACCCGAUCCAGUGAUUGCAGAUCUGUCCCGCCAGGUCUUUAUGCUGGAGGUGGCAUACGCUGCUUUCUGUGGCAUUGGCUAUCUUCUGGUACCUGGCCCUAAGCUGCACCACGGCAGCAUCCACUCAGAAGGCUUGGUUUACUAUGCGCGAGCCAUUCAUGAUGCCUUGAGUCUGGGCCCGUAUAUCCAAUUCCACACCUGGUUCGGCAUGGUCGACAACCCCGAGCUCGAGGUUGACACCAUGGGUGAUCUGGCCCCACUAGCCCGAGAGGAGUAUCUUCUACCAGACGAUGGCGUGUCGGCGAAGGUGGAUUUGUUUGGAACCUGGGAUGCAUGGGAUCUUAUCCGGAAGACGUGCAAGUACCAUUCUAGGCUGUUGGUCGCUCUUGCUUUGCCUAAGUUGCUACCACCUCUGUCUGUACAGUCCCGUUGGCAUUCUGAGCCGGUUCAUUUACUCACCAUUGAGGCUUCCGCUUUCCUGAAGAACCAAAAAGGGUAUCCAGUUCUUUCCAAGGGCCACCAGGCUUUGAUUGCAAAGUUGAUGCGACUUCGAACUGCUCCAUGGAUUCUUCUCUGUGACGUCGGUCCGAUCCCAGGACUUGACAGUAUGGAAGAUGCAACCCAGUCUCAUAUCUCUGGCUCUGACUAUCCAAGCUUGUCACAGGGCGCAGGUGCCAAGAAACAUCAUGAUCCAACCCCUCAUCUUUCCUACAUAAGGAACCUGCAGCAGCGUCAACCUCCGCGUACUCCUAUUGAAAGAUUUGGAGUGGGCUAUCAGGACUACCUGCAGGCUCCUUUGCAACCACUUACUGUCAACCUGGAGAGUAUCACAUAUGAGGUCUUUGAAAAAGACCCAAUCAAAUAUGAGUGGUAUGAGCGGGCGAUUGAAAAAGCCCUGAGAGAUUGGGCAGAGCAGAAGAAGCCUACCUCGCACCCUGACGGCAAAGUGAUUCUUGCGGUCGUGGGUGCUGGCCGUGGCCCACUGGUCACUCGAGCCAUCAAGGCUAGUGUUCAGGCAGGCGUGGAAAUCGAUUUGUGGGCUGUCGAGAAAAACCAAAAUGCGUUUGUCUUGUUGCAGCGCCACAACGAAAGCCUUUGGGGUGGCAAGGUGACACUAGUCCAAUCAGACAUGCGCAGCUGGAAAGGACCCUGUGUGCGUCAACAGGCAGCCCAGGGAAGUCAGGAACGUGUUGGUGAAUCUCUCGGUAUUGAGGACUCGCUGAUUUACACGCCUAAGAAGGGUGAAAAUGACCCUGGCCCGGCAUCCGAUUUCACUAACCCCCAGGCCUCUGCUCUCACGCAUACCUAUGUGGAUAUAGUGGUGUCCGAGCUUCUCGGCUCAUUCGCCGACAAUGAACUCUCUCCAGAGUGCCUGGAUGGAAUCAACGAUCUCAUCAAUCCCAUCCACGGCAUCUCGAUUCCCGCUUCCUACACGGCCCACUUCACGCCAGUUUCUGCCCCAAAGCUGCACUCCGAUGUCAUGAAUCAGACUGUUUCAAACCCAGCGGCCCCGGAAACACCAUACGUUGUCAUGCUACAUGCAAUUGACUUCCUCUCUACCUCCGACUCGCCAGCUUCUGCGGAUGCUGGAAACCAAAACGUGGCAAACCGCUCCUCGGGCUCUGCGGCGCCGAUCGCCGCCACUGAAUUCCCAAGCCCCUUAGUUCAGACCGCAUGGUCGUUCUCUCACCCGAACAAGAACAUUCCCGCUCAAUCUCCGACGCAAUCCACCAUCUCCAAUGCGCACAACGUGCGUCAAACUCGUCUGUCUUUCCCCGCCCAGAACCGCGGUGUCUGCCACGGAUUGGCUGGAUACUUUGAGACUGUCCUAUAUGGCGAUGUCGAGCUUUCGACCAACCCGGUGACCAUGGAUGCGAAGAGUGCAAGCAUGAUCAGCUGGUUCCCCAUUUACUUCCCCUUGAAGACACCCCUCAACGUCCCCGACAACGGUGAGAUUGUCGUUACCAUGUACCGACAAACUGACGACCGGAAGGUCUGGUAUGAGUGGAUGGUGGAGGUCUUUGCUCUGGAACGCACUGCUCUUGGCCCCAGCCUCACCACACCAGCUAUGAGUGGUGCACGCUCGGUUUCACCAAGUGUCUCGAGUCUCAAGGUCAAGGAUAAUGGUCAGCGGCAGCAAAAUGGAGGUCCUCGAACGGGUUAUCGCCGAGUGCGUGUUGGACUGAGUGAUUUGCAUUCGAGUAUCAAGGAGGGAUGUCUGAUGUAG